AUGUCUCAAGAAACUUUUAUUUGUGGUGCUCGUCGUAUGGCUGGGUAUAUGGCUGAACAACCUAUAUAUCUUUAUACAUAUAAUCAUGCACCAGAAUCGUUUUGGUUGUCAUUACCAAGCUUAGUUAUUUGGCCAGGAGCAUAUCAUUCCGCAGAGCUAUUGAAUUUAUUUCAAACAGCAUCGCCUUCACUUUAUGGUGACCAAAUAUUUUUACCCAAUGAAUGGAAUUUGGUCAAAUCUACUCGUACAUAUUGGACAAAUAUGAUUACAAAACAUCAACCGAACGAUAAUAUUAGUAUAACAUGGCCUCCAUAUUUACCCAGAACGGAUCAAACUCUUGUCCUUAAUACGAAUAUAACUACUGCUACUUUUAUUGAUGCUUAUCCUAAUUGCGAUGUGUUAUCAGCUGCACGUGUGAAACUAUUUGGCGAAUACAUCGCAAAUCAUCGAUGA